CUCUUGUCCUGGUGUCUCGCCUCCCCUACGUGAAUCUCUUCCAGACCUUGCUGCAGCUCAUAGCCCCAGAGUACUUUGACAAGCUGGACCCGUGCCUGGAGUGUGCAGCGAGAUUGACCAGUGGCCGCCUCCUGUGCCUGGCCAGACCCUCAAUCUCCCAGUGAUGGGCGUCGUCAUUCAGAACCUCUUGCCUGCCCCCCUAGUCCUCCCCAGCAUCCAUGAACUGGACCUCUUCAGGUGCUUCCAGCCAGUGCUGAUCCACCUGCAGAUGCUGUGGGAGCUGCUUCUUCUGGGGGAGCCCCUCGUGGUCAUGGCGCCUUCGCCUGCCGCCUCCUCAGAGAUGGUCCUCGCCCUGACCAGCUGCCUGGCCCCUCUGAAGUUCUGCUGCGACUUCCGCCCCUACUUCACCAUCCACGACAGCGAGUUCAAGGAGUACACGACGCGGACGCAGGCCCCGCCAAGUGUUGUCCUGGGCGUCACCAACCCCUUCUUCAUCAAGACUCUGCAGCACUGGCCACACAUCCUGCGCCUGGGGGACCUCAAGAUGACCGGGGAUUUGCCCAAGCAGGUCAAGGUGAAGAAGCUGGCCAAGCUGAAGACCUUGGAUGCCAAGCCGGGACUUUACACCUCCUACAAGACCUUCUUGCACAAGGACAAGACCCUGAUCAAGCAGCUCUUGAAGGGCAUCCACAAGAAGCAGCCUUCCGAUGCCCAGAGCGCCCUGCUGCGGCGCCACCUCCUGGAGCUCACGCAAAGUUUCAUUAUACCUCUGGAGCACUACAUGGCGAGCCUCAUGCCGCUACAGAGGGCCAUCACCCCCUGGAAGAACCCCCCUCAGAUCCGCCCUUUCCAGCAGGAGGACUUCCUCAAGACCCUGGAGCAUGCUGGGCCUCAGCUCACCUGCGUGCUGAAGGGGGACUGGGUGGGCCUGUACAGGCGCUUCUUCCGAUCCCCGAACUUUGAUGGCUGGUACCGCCAGAGGCACCGGGAGAUGAUGCACAAGCUGGAGGCCCUGCACCUGGAAGCCAUCGCGGAGGCGAACAUCCGGGCCUGGGUGAAGGACAAGUCUGAGGUUGAGGUGGUGGACCUGGUCCUGAAGCUCCAGGAGAAGCUGGUGCGCGCCAGGUGCCAUCGCCUCCCCGUGAAGGAGGAGAUUCUGCAUCGGGUGGGCCUCUACAUCGCCACCAUCGUUGGGUCGCUCCCCGAGGACCUCCAGGCCGUCCUGGGGCCCCAGUAGAGGCCGUCUGAGCCAGAGGAACCCGGCUGCGGGGAGGCAGCUGCCCCCCAUCUUGGCAGGCUGGGCCUGGAGUGGGGCGCCCCAUGGGCUCUUGGGGGAGGCUGCCCUUCCUCCCCACAGAAGCUCUUCUGCCUGCAGGACCCUCUUCUUUGCCCGAGGAUGGUCUCCUGCCAGUUGCUGCGCCCACAUCUCCCCUGGGCCGGAGAAGGGAGAAACGUUUCCUGCAAGGCAGACGGUGGCCCUCACGCGAGCAGGCCCCUCUCCUUCAUGGCCCUGCGUGAGGGCAAGUGGCAGCCCCUCCACCCUGCCCCCCAACCUCCCUCAUGUGUGUCUGGAUGUGCCUGCUGUGCAGUGGCAGUAAAUCAAUAAGUGUUGGUUGUCAGGAGCCUUUGCUGCGGAGCUUUGCCUCGGCCAUCUUUAUUUAUUGCCUUUUUACACACACACCCCUUGUCUAAGCCAGAGGUUCCCAAUGCGGGGGGCAGUGGGAUUCCCUGGCGGGGCACUGGAAAAACAAAGGACCACCAGCCUUUGAAAAGCUGGCAUCACUGGAUCCAGUUCACACGUUUUGUUGCAUUAAACUCAAUUGUUUUAACAGGCUUUGGAAUAAAUG